GGUGUUUCGUAAAACAUUGAAAUACUUUUGAAAUCAAAACACUUUUGAUCCCAUCGCACCCAUCCAGUAAGCUAUACACAGAGCAGCGCAGGCCGAGGACUUUCUCUCUCUAAAAUGGCAAAUAGAGAAGUAGAAGAAGAAGGCCUGAACAAGGAGGCAGUGGAGGAGGAAGAAGAUGACGAGCAUGGUUCCAAAGAGAGGGUUCUUCAGAAAUACUUCCUUAUGGAGUGGGAACUGGUUAAGUCUCUCCUAAACGACAUCGUUUCCCAUGGCCGCGUCUCCGAUCCCUCUUCGGUCUACAAGAUCCGCUCCAUUAUGGACAAGUAUCAGGAACAGGGUCAACUAUUAGAGCCUUAUCUGGAGAGCAUAGUUUCUCCUUUGAUGUUCAUUAUCCGUUCUAAAACAAAGGAACUAGGUGUAUCCUCUGAUGAAAUUCUUGAAGUUAUCAAACCUGUUUGCAUCAUCAUUUAUUCUCUGGUUACAGUUUGUGGGUACAAGGCUGUUAUUAAAUUUUUCCCACAUCAGGUUUCUGAUUUAGAACUGGCAGUAUCUCUGUUGGAGAAAUGCCAUAACACAAAUGCAGUGACAUCACUUCGGCACGAAAGUACAGGAGAGAUGGAGGCGAAAUGUGUGAUACUUUUGUGGCUUUCUAUACUCAUCUUGGUUCCUUUUGAUAUCUCCUCUGUUGAUACUAGCAUUGCAAACUCUAAAACUCUUGAUGAACUUGAGCCUGCUCCCCUUGUACUGAGGAUAUUAGCAUUCUCUAAGGAUUACCUUUCAAAUGCUGGCCCCAUGCGCACUAUAGCUGGACUGCUGCUCUCUAGGCUUCUAACUCGACCAGAUAUGCCAAAGGCCUUUACCAGUUUUGUUGAAUGGACACAUGAAGUUCUGUCUUCUAACACAGAUGAUGUCAUGGAUCUCUUCCGAUUACUUGGCGUUGUGGAAGCACUGGCUGCUAUUUUCAAGGCUGGUAGUCGAAAAGUGUUACAUGAUGUGAUUCCUAUUGUUUGGAAUGACAUCUCAAUACUGAUGAAGUCUAGUACUGCAGCUCGGAGUCCUUUACUCCGCAAGUAUCUAGUGAAGUUGACUCAGAGGAUUGGGCUUACUUGCCUCCCUUACCGUUCACCUUCCUGGCGCUAUGUGGGUAAAACCAGCUCACUUGGGGAAAAUAUUUCUGUGAAUGCGUCUGGAAAAUGCAAUCAUGGUGCGGAUAUGGAUUCCCCAAGUCAAGGAGAAAAUUCAAGCUUCCUGCAAGAUGAAGAAGAUAUGGAUGUUCCAGAUAUUGUAGAAGAGAUUAUUGAGAUGCUACUUACAGGGUUGAAAGAUACGGAUACAGUAGUGCGUUGGUCUGCUGCAAAAGGUAUUGGUCGCAUAACUUCACGUCUGACAUCUGCCCUUUCAGAUGAGGUUUUGUCAUCUGUAUUGGAACUGUUUUCACCAGGCGAGGGAGAUGGUUCAUGGCAUGGGGGCUGCUUAGCUUUGGCUGAACUGGCACGUAGGGGAUUGCUCUUACCAAUCAGCUUUCCCAAAGUUGUACCGGUUGUUGUGAAGGCACUACAUUAUGAUAUUCGAAGAGGUCCACAUAGUGUUGGAUCCCAUGUGCGUGAUGCUGCUGCCUAUGUUUGUUGGGCAUUUGGCCGUGCGUAUUAUCACACAGACAUGAAAGAAAUACUAGGACAGCUUGCUCCACAUCUUUUAACAGUGGCCUGCUAUGACCGUGAGGUUAACUGUAGAAGAGCAGCUGCAGCUGCCUUCCAAGAGAAUGUUGGAAGACAAGGGAACUACCCACAUGGAAUUGACAUAGUGAAUGCCGCUGACUAUUUUUCACUUUCCUCGCGAGUGAAAUCUUAUCUACAUGUUGCUGUAGGCAUUGCUCAGUAUGAAGGGUAUCUGUAUCCAUUUGUGGAGGAACUGCUGUAUAACAAGAUCUGCCACUGGGACAAAGGCUUGAGAGAACUUGCUGCAGAGGCCCUUUCUGCUCUUGUAAAGUAUGAUCCAGAAUAUUUUGCAAAUUUUGUUGUGGAAAAAUUAAUUCCAUGUACCCUCUCAUCUGAUUUAUGCAUGCGUCAUGGGGCAACCUUAGCAGCUGGAGAACUUGUAUUGGCUCUACAUCAAUGUGGUUUUGCUCUUUCAACUGAUAAGCAGAAAAGGUUUGUUGGUAUAGUUACUGCUAUUGAGAAAGCACGCCUUUAUCGUGGGAAGGGUGGAGAGAUAAUGCGCGCUGCUGUUUCCCGGUUUAUAGAAUGUAUAUCUUUAGCUUGUUUAUUUGUACCAGAGAAGACAAAACGAACUCUGCUUGAUACUCUCAACGAGAAUUUGAGGCAUCCUAAUUCCCAGAUACAGAAUGCUGCUGUUCAAGCCCUAAAAUAUUUUGUCCCAGCAUACCUUGUCAAAGGGGAUAAUGAGAAUCUUAAUAACAUGACAUCAAAAUACCUGGAACAGUUGACUGAUCCUAAUGCGGCUGCAAGAAGAGGAUCUGCAUUGGCCAUUGGUGUUUUGCCUUAUGAGAUUUUGGCUAAAAGAUGGAGAGUUAUACUACUGAAGCUUUGUAACUCUUGUGCUAUAGAGGAUAAACCUGAAGAUAGGGAUGCUGAAGCACGGGUAAAUGCUGUCAAAGGACUCAUAUCUGUUUGUGAAACAUUAACUCAGGUCAGAGAACAUCCUGAUAUCCAUUCUGGGGAGGAUGACUUGUCUUUGUUUCUUCUGAUCAAGAAUGAAGUGAUGAUGAGUUUAUUCAAAGCUCUCGAUGACUAUUCUGUGGAUAAUAGAGGUGAUGUGGGUUCUUGGGUUCGUGAGGCUGCUAUGGAUGGUCUUGAGAAAUGUACAUAUAUCCUUUGUAAGAGAGACUCCAUGGGGUUCCAGGGAAAGUCACAAGAAAAUGAUUCUGUUUCGAAGAUGCCUAAUAGUAACAUUGUUGAGAAUAACCAGUCCCACUUACUUGUUGAUGCAAAUCUUGCUACCAGUUUAGUUGGAGGCAUUGUUAAGCAAGCUGUAGAGAAGAUGGAUAAAUUAAGGGAAGCAGCUGCAAAAGUUCUCCAGAGGAUUUUGCACAAUAAAAUGUUUUUUAUCCCAUUCAUACCUUACAGGGAAAAGCUAGAGGAAAUUGUUCCUAACGAAGUAGAUUUAAAGUGGGGGGUACCCACUUUUUCGUACCCACGAUUCAUACAGUUACUUCAAUUUAGUUGUUAUAGUAGAUCUGUGCUAUCUGGCUUAGUUAUUUCUAUUGGUGGGUUGCAAGAUUCCUUGAGGAAGGCUUCAAUAACUGCAUUGUUGGAGUAUCUUCAAUCCCCUGAGACUGAACAUACUGAAGGAAGCUCAAGAGAGUAUAAGCUAUGUACUGACAUUCUUUGGGUUCUCCAACAGUACAAGAGAUGUGACAGAGUCAUUGUACCCACUUUGAAGACCAUUGAGAUUCUUUUCAGCAAAAAGAUAUUAUUGAACAUGGAGGGCGAUACUCCAAUCUUCUGUGCUGGUGUUUUGGAUUCUCUGGCAGUGGAAUUGAAGGCGACAAAGGAUUUCUCCAAGUUAUAUGCUGGCAUUGCAAUACUUGGGUAUAUUGCUUCCGUUCCAGAAUCCGUCAACACCCGAGCCUUUUCUCAUCUUCUCACUUUCCUGGGCCAUAGAUAUCCCAAGAUCCGGAAGGCUUCUGCUGAACAAGUUUACCUUGUCCUCCUGCAAAAUGGAGAGCUUGUGACAGAGGAUAAGAUGGAGAAAGCACUUGAAAUUAUUUCCGAAACUUGCUGGGAAGGUGAUAUAGAAGAAGCAAAACAGCGACGAUUAGAGUUGCAUGAUAUGGCUGGUCUAGAAACAGGGCUACUUCCCAAAAUUGGGAAUGGAGCAUCAAACAGGGAUGGUGAGAAGAGGCCAACAGCCAGUGAUGAGAAUGCAUCAUACUCUUCCUUAGUUGGGUCAACUGGGUUCUGAUUGACUUUAAUUAAACCAUCCUUCAUGUUUGUUGUACAUUUUCGUCACUUCUCUUCACCUUAGACAUCUACCUCUCUAGCUUUUCCUGGAUGUCGCACAAUUUGCGUGACAUAAGUCUUGUUUGGAUAGACUUAUUGGAAGCGCAAGGCAUUUUUUUUUUUUUGAGUUAUACAAAAUAUUUUUAUGUGCCCGUUUUA